ACGAGCACCACUCACCCACCACGACGUUUACGGCGACCACAACACCCGCAAUCGUCCUACAUCCCGCCUAACCCGCCAACCAUCUCCUCGUAUCCCCAACACGCCUACGCCGACCUUCAAAUUAACGCCUCGAAUCUCUGUAUAUUGUCAACCGUCGUUUCUUUUCUUCAUUCCCUCCUCUGCAGCAUCGGGGUGCCUCUCCUCGACAACUCCGCGGCCGAAUGAUUGUGGCGAAGCGGUGACGGAACCGUCCCAGCCGUGUUUCUGCUUGGUUGUUUCAACUCAUCAACACACAAACUAUCGCAAACGCCCAACAUGGCGACUCCUCUAGAUGGCAUCGUCAUCGGAUUGCUAUCAUCCUUUGGCUCUGCCGUCAUAGUAGCCGUCAUAUUCUUCGUCAUAUGGUUCUUCCGUCACACCGCAUCCGGUCGCAUCUUCCUUGACCGCAUCGGCCGUCCUGGCGAAUAUGACGAUGAGCAGGCAUUUGCGAGAGAGGAAGCCGAGGCCCUGGAGACGAUGGAUGAGAUGCAAAGAGCAGAGUAUCAACGAGCAAAAGUAUACAUACAAGGAUACCCACCCGAUUCGAUCCAGACGGACAUUUCAUUAUCUCAAUAUUUAGCUAUUCAAGAGAAGGGCGUGUCAGCAUGGGAGUUUGAGCCGGAGUUGGAGAUUGCCAACUGCUUUGUUGAAGCCAGGACCGAGAUCGAGUUCUUCGAUUCCGAGUGUACAGUCAUGAGCAAUCUGCCUGUGCCAAAACAAAACGAAGUAUACUAUUGGGAGGCGAAGAUAUACGAAAAGCCCGAAAAUACGUUAUUAAGUAUAGGCAUGUCUACGAAACCUUACCCGCUAUUCAGGCUUCCAGGAUACCACAAAUAUUCUGUUGCCUACACAUCUACAGGCGGGCGGAGAUUUAAUCAACCCUUCAUGCCCACUCCUUACGGCCCCCCCAUAGUCCAAGGUGAUGUAAUUGGUGUGGGAUACCGCCCUCGAACUGGUACUAUCUUUUUUACUCGUAAUGGUAGGCGGUUGGAGGAUGUCGUCCACGGCUUAAAGGCACAAAAUUUCUUCCCUUCAGUUGGCGCCAAUGGUCCAUGCCUCGUUCAUGUCAAUUUUGGACAGGCUGGCUUCGUCUUUAUCGAGGCCAAUGUAAAGAAAUGGGGGCUCGCGCCGAUGACAGGCAGUUUAGCGCCUCCACCGCCGUAUGGAAGCGAACAAGGUAGUAUCCUACUAGAGUCCGGCCGUAGGAAGGACGAGACUCCAGGAUCGCCAUCACGAACCCAUUCCUACUCGCAAUCAUACCAGGCAUAUACGAGUCGAGGUCCAUUACAGGAUUUGGGUCACGCACGAACGCGCAGCGGUAGCUACCGGGUUUUGCCACCCACCAGUCCGGGACCACAGAGAAGUCCUACGGAUAUUUCCUUGGCACAACUGGUUCCUACGGAUGAGGCAGGUGAGGGAAGUACUGCUGGCCAUGGCUUUGCGCCCCCCGGAGAACAUGUAAUCGAUAUUACUGGUCUAACCCAGCAUGAGGCCUCACAUCCACCACCCGAAUAUACGAGUCCUGAACAUUCCGAUGAGGAUGGCUCAGGCAGCGGUUCUGAAAGUGACGUUACUCCUUUAAUAAGGACACCAGCGCGGAGUCGUGGGGCUUCUUCCGCUGCCGCCUUUCGUCCGCGACACCCCCCGAUACCCAGCUAUAGCGACGCUGUGCGCCAAGGCGCUGGUAGGGAUAGAAGCCGAAGCGAUACCAGUGCUAUGCCAAGGAGGAGUGGUCAGUGAGAUUUUUUAAACUGGCCGGCUUUUUUUCCCCCUUUGGACUGGAGUUUGUCGGGCGCUAGGACGGAGGCAAAGGCAGGGCAGGCGGCUUUUGUUCAAUAAAUAAUCUGGGGUCUCAGGAGAGGAUAAAGAAAAAUUGCCAGCCUCCCAGU